UUGCCUUACAGUAUGCAUGUCCCAUCAAGCCUUUGCUAUAUUGAGCACAGAUGCAGGCUAGAGGCUUGCCAGGGAUUGCACUGCUGUUCUCUUCCCUGGACAAACACAAUGCCUGAUGUGAGGCAACAGUCCCGUGUUGCAAUUCCUCUGCCUGGUGUGGGCUGGAGGGAGUUCUUGCUGAAGCUGCUUGAUACCAGGCUUCAGUGCUGACUUGCAUUUAAUGUGGCUGCUUCCCUUUUGUCUUCAUUCCUUGCUUUGUUUUAAACAAAAUGUGACUUAAAAUGUUUUAAGCAAACUAUGAGGCUACCUCUCAAUACCCAGUUAAUUCAGUUGUCCUAAACUUAGUGGUCUUUAGUAUCUUCACUGCUGACUUUUUUUUGUAAGGGCUGAUGCAUUCAUCCCUUAUGAAUGCAUCAUAAGGGUGAAUUUUGUGAAGAGCAUGGGAAAUAGCUGCAUUGCAUGGUGUUAGGACACUUCUCCCUGGUUGGGUCUACACUUUGCAGCCAGGAAUAGUUAGUGUUGAGCAGCAGGUUCUGGGCUGGUUUUGACUUCCCGGGAAUACCUGCCUGGCUCUGGUCCCUCCCUCUACUUGCAGGCUGGUGAUGAUGAUUUUAUAAUCAAGCCAUAAGGAGAGGGGUGUGGUAAUUGCCCUGUGUGGGUGUGGGUUCUCACUACUUCUCCCAACCCAUCCAAGAUCCCUCAGUCUGGGAGCAGCACAGGAGAGGAACCAGCCACUGAGGACUAUCUUAGGAACAGCAUGGAGAUCAAAUGGAGUGGCUGGGUGCUGCUGAUCCUUUCUGUGUGCCUGGGCUCCUACCAAGCUGAGGCCAGCCCCCUCCACGAGUGCAGCAAGCGGCCAGAGGACUGGUGCCGCGAUGUGGUGACAGCAGCCAAGUGUGGGACGCUGCAGCUCUGCCAGAUCUCCGUCUGGGACCAGGCUGUGGGGAAGGGAAUCCCAUGUCACCUAUGCCAGAUGGCAGUCUCUGUGGUAGGCAAGAUCCUGCAGGACAACCGCACUGAGGAAAAGCUGCGGCUCUUCUUGGAUAAGAAAUGCCAGUACCUGCCCUUCCAGGACUGGUCUGUGAAGUGCAAGAGGAUGGUGGACACCGGCAUCCUCAUCCUCGUCCAGCUGGGCAAGCAAGUGCUGGCGGACCCGAAGGUGGUGUGUGGGACCAUCAAGCUGUGCCAGCCUCGGGAGAGCCCCACAGGAGCCCUGAAGUUUCAGGAACCACCACCAGCCCCUGCCGGCCCUGCUCAGGACUUUGCUGACCUGGUUACUCCCUUCAUCACCAACGUGCCCCUCCUGCUCCAUCCCCAGGACCUGCCUCGUGGUGAGGCUCAGGAGAAGGAAGAGGUGUGUGAGGAAUGCCUGCGGCUGGUGGCCGCUAUGCAGCUGGAGCUGGGGACCAAUGCCGCCUUCACUCAGGCGCUGGUGGCCCGCACUGAGUGGGCAUGCGAGGGCCUGGCACCCAACCUGGCACAGCAGUGCAAGCACUACCUGGCCGAGUACAUGGACACGGCCGUCCGGCUGCUCCAGUACAUGCUGGCUGAGGACCCCAUGGAGCUGUGUGGCCAGCUGGGACUCUGCUCCUCUUCCUCACUGCUGCCCUUCCACACACUGCUCACAGAGAAGAUGAUACAGGUCCUGAGCACGCUGUGGGACAGGGAAGGGACCACUCCACUGUGUGAGAUGUGCCAAUUUGCUGUGAAAGCGGCCGAAAGCCUCCUGGAGAACAACGUGACGGAGGAGCAACUGGUGAACGACAUCGAGAAGGUGUGCUACAUGCUGCCCCACAGCGUCAUCGGGCAGUGCAAGGACUUCGUUGACUCCUAUGGCAAAGCCGUGGUCAUCAUGCUGCUGGAGGCCACCGACCCGGCGGCUGUCUGCACCAUGCUGCGCUGCUGCCCCCGGAGCGGGGACACCCGCCGCGGGCCUGCCAUGCUGGAGCAGCUGGCAGUGGGUGCGGGAGCAUUCUGCAACGUCUGCCAGAUCAUCAUCACGUACUUUGACAACGAGCUGCUGAAGAACGAGACGCUGUCGGAGCUGGGUGACAUGCUGCAGAAGGGCUGCGAGCUGCUGCCCGCACCGCUCACUGGCACGUGCGAAGCACUCGUGGUGCAGUACGAGCCAGAGGCUGUGCGGCUCUUCGUCCAGAUGAUGGACCCCACCUUCGUCUGCACUAAAAUAAAAGCUUGUGACUCAUCCGAGGAGGAUCUCCUGGGCUCAGACCUCUGUGCCUUGGGCCCGCAAUACUGGUGCAAGAACAUGGCCACAGCGAUCAAGUGCCAGGCUGUUGAGCACUGCCAGCGUCACCUAUGGAACUAGGAGUCACCUCCUCGGCUGGCUGUGCUUGCCCUGCUAUUUUGGUUCAGGAUCCCAGAUACCCUCCCUUGGGAUGCGCCUGCACCCGUGGAUGGCAAUGGCAGGAGCCCACCAGCCUGACCAUCCGGGCAGGGGCUGUGGGGUGACCCAGACACUUCUGCCACUUCCUUUUCCAUCCCUGCCGUUUGGAUUUCUAAAUCGGGUUAAGGGACUCAUUGGUAUUUUCAAGACUGAGGAUUCAGCCUUGUUGUCUCUCAGAGUCCUUGUAAAAUCCCCAUCCCCACGUCUAUCCCCAUCCCCCUUGUAAGACCUACAUCCUGCAACGUGAACAGGCUGGAAUGGUUUCUGCUGCCCAAAUGCUAGACAAAUCCUGGCAGCUGGCAGCCAGCAGCCUCACACCACAGGUCUUGUCAGCUUUUGGCAAGCCCAGCACUUUGCUGGUCCCUCUUCGAAUUGGUGUGGCUUUCUUUUACACCUCCCUUCCCCCUCUUGCCCUAUAAAGAAACACAGUGGAUUAAAUUUACAGAUAUAUAUAUACCUUAAGUAUUCCCUGAACAAAAAAUGAGUGAGUUUGGGGGCAAACAGUCCCUUUCACCCACACAUCCUUGCUGGUGCCCCUGUGCUGACCCAGCUGUGGUAGAGAGGGGCAGCGGGGCACUGGCUUAUCCCUCCGUGCUGCAGGAGGGAGACGCCCGCAGUGCCCAGUCCUGAGCGUGCAUGGGAGCAUCUCAUUGAAAAUAAACUCUUCCCAUGAGCGCAGCUGGUUGUCUCCCUCCUUCUUCUCCUGGUGUGUAAGAUGGGGCAAACCUGUGGGAGGUUUAAUGCUUCCCACGAAAUUUGGGCUGCAGCAAAACCUGGGGCAGCAUCUCUUGUGAAGGUGAUGGGUUGAGGGGUGAAUUAAAGGGAAAAGGGCGUUUUCUCUUCAAAAGGUCUUUUCAGUAAGCUGAAUCCAGGAAGGGAGGAAGGAUGACAGACAGGUUACCCAAAGCCAUAGACAGUGUAUUUCUGAGUCCCGUAACAGAUCGUGCCCGAAACUCUCCACAAGGUUACGACUGGAAACAAAUCCCCAAAUGAAUGAACCCAAAAUAAAGAGAGAAGGGGAAAGAAAAGGGCAAGAAAAAACACGCACGAGCACUCCACAUCCAGAAGCCCCAGUUAUUGUCAGUCGCUUUCAACAUCGCAACAUGUUUUGGUAAAGCCAGCAAAAUGGAGAAAUGUUUUCCGGUUUGGUUUGGGGUUUUUUUGGGUCUUUCCUUGUUGGAAAGGUGCUGUUAAUGCCAAAUGGACUUGGCCUCUCCUCACACUGCCUGGCCCUCCCUGUGCCUGUGGUUGAGGCUUGACCCCGGUCCACACCCGGGGAUGCGGCACAUCAUCUGCACCUUUGCUGCACCUUCACCCCUGUCCAGCCUGGACUCAUUGGAUUCAUUUUGCUUUUUUUUUUUUUUUCUUAAAAAAAACCCCUUUUUAAUAAGAA